UAUACUAACCCUCUAUAUAACCCUGGUUGUAACUUGUAAAACUCUUUCAGCCUCCCCUCUCCCUCUCCCUCCCUCAGAAAAGCUCUCUAGCUAGUUUCCGCGCGCCCGGCCGGCACGGCGGCGCAAACUAGAGCCAUGGAGAAUUAUCACAUGCUCUUUGGGGCGGCGUCCACGCACGCCUCAUCUGCUGCCACCCCCAGCUCGUACAACUUCAUGGCCACUGCUGCUGGAACCAGCGGCGGCGGCGGCGGCGGCUUCCACGACCACGAUCGAGGCCAGCGCAGCAGCGGGCACGGCGGCGGCGGAUCGUCGUCGUCCUUCUUCGCGGAGCUGUCGUCCAACAACGACGACUCCAAGGAAUAUGGUGGUGCAUCUAGCCCUCCAGGUCCAGCUGCCGGUAGUGGCCGUGGGGAGUCGUCCGUGGGGCCUGCGGCGGCCGCCGGCGAGGUGGACAGGCCGCCCAAGAGGAAGGGGGAGAAGAAGGAGCGCCGGCCACGGUACGCCUUCCAGACGCGCAGCCAGGUCGACAUCCUCGACGACGGCUACCGGUGGAGGAAGUACGGACAGAAGGCAGUCAAGAACAACAACUUCCCAAGAAGCUACUACAGAUGCACUCACCAAGGGUGCAACGUGAAGAAGCAGGUGCAGCGGCUGUCAAGGGAUGAGGGCGUGGUGGUGACCACAUACGAGGGCACCCAUACACACCCCAUUGAGAAGUCUAAUGACAACUUCGAGCACAUACUCACCCAGAUGCAGAUCUACUCCGGCAUGGGAUCAACCUUUAGCAGUAGUAGCCACAACAUGUUUCACUGAAUGAGCCGUCCAAAAUCACUUCAAGCAUCCGUGCACCGUCCAAACUAAGAAACAAAAUCGAUCCUUAGAUUUUAUUAAUUUGUACAUUAAGUCUUAGAUGUUUAAGAGAUAAAUAAGCGUGAUUCGGUAGCUAGAUGCAGCCAUGCAGGUAUUAUACUCACGCAAUGGUUCUUUUGCUGUUGAUCUUCUUUAUUUUUAAAUUGCAAUUGUAGGGCAGGGAUAGAGACUGAUAAACACCCUCAGAAAUAUAAACAUGCUGGAUUACAUUGCAAUUGAAAAUCUGAUACCUCUCAGACCAGGGCAUCA